ACGUGACCGCCGCCGCCUGAGAGCGACUGCAGAGUCUCUCGUUUUUAGUCUCUCACAAUCUGCGCCGUAUCAUCCGCGAAAUGACCGCGAUAGGAAAAUAAAAACCAGGGUUUGCGGCCGCGGUCAGACGGGAAAAAGCCGACCCGAGAGGAGGACAGAGACGCCGCUGCAGUUGGAAGCCGUCGAUGCCAGACUCCGGGUUUUCCCAGCAUCAGGAUCUGUGAAGCUGGGAGAGACGACAGCCAGCCGCCCACAAAAACCACCUGACCCACCAUGAUGGCCUCCAGCGACGUGGACGUCAGAGCUGAUGGUUCGUUGUUCUCAGACCAAAACCCGUCAGAAAUGGAUGCUCUGUGCCCGUCGCCCCCCGGACCGUCCAGACCCCAGCGGAACUACGAGAGGAUCGGCGGCAGGUCGGGAACCUCGUUUUGCCAGACUUUGAUCCACCUGCUGAAAGGGAACAUUGGUACUGGCCUUCUGGGGCUGCCGCUGGCUGUCAAGAACGCAGGACUGGUGCUGGGACCGCUCAGUCUUCUGGUGAUGGGCGUCAUCGCCGUCCACUGCAUGAGGGUGCUGGUGAAAUGCUCCCACCACCUCAGUGCCAAAAUGAACCGGCCCUCUAUGACGUACGGGGAGGUGAUGCAGUACGGGAUGGAGAACGUGUCCUGGCUGAGGCGACACUCGGCCUGGGGAAGACGGAUAGUGAACUUGUUUCUCAUCAUCACCCAGCUGGGCUUCUGUUGUGUCUACUUCGUCUUCCUGAGCGACAACGUCAAGCAGGUAGUGGAGGCGGCCAACGCCACCACCUUCAGCUGCCAGAUCAACCACACCAACCAGACCCAGGUCCUGGUGCCGAGCUUCGACUCCCGCAUCUACAUGCUCUUCUUCCUGCCGUUCUUCAUCCUGCUGGUGUUCACGCCCAACCUGAAGUACCUGGCUCCGCUCUCGCUGGUGGCCAACCUGGUGAUGACGGCCAGCCUGGUCCUCAUCUACAUCUACUCCCUCACGAACAUCCCCAUCCCCAUCAACCUGCCGAAGGUCGGCAGGAUUAAAGACUACCCGCUGUUCUUUGGGACGGCCAUCUUUGCCUUCGAAGGGAUCGGAGUGGUUCUUCCCCUGGAAAAUAAAAUGCAGCGGCCUCAGACGUUCUCCCUCGUUCUCUACGUGGGGAUGAGCAUCGUCACCUUCCUCUACAUCAGCCUCGGUACGAUAGGUUACAUGUGCUUCGGGGAGCACAUAGGAGGCAGCAUCACCCUCAACCUGCCAAACUGCUGGACGUACCAGGCCGUGAAGCUGCUCUACUGCUUCGGUAUCUUCAUCACCUUCGCCCUGCAGUUCUACGUCCCUGCGGAGAUCCUCAUCCCGCCCGUGGUGGCCCGCGUGUCGGAGAGGUGGGAGAUGCCCGUGGACCUGCUGCUGCGGACGGUGCUGGUUAUCUUCACCUGCGGCCUGGCCAUCCUGGUGCCGGAGCUGGACCUGGUCAUCUCCCUGGUGGGCUCGGUCAGCAGCAGUUUCCUGGCGCUCAUCUUCCCGCCCAUCCUGCAGCUCCUGGCGUUCCACACGGAGGGCCUGUCGCCGCUGGUGACGCUCAAGAACUCGUGCAUCAGCCUGGUGGGGCUGAUCGGCUUCCUGACGGGAACCUACGUCGCCAUCGAGCAGAUCAUCGCCCGCAACGCCACCAAACACGAAGAGACGUUCUCCACGUACAUGGUGCAGUGACGGAGCCCAGAGACUGUCCAGCAGGGGGGGAGGGAGCGACCCACUCCGGCCAUCGUAAACUACUUUAGGGCACAUUUUCUUUUUUACUUUUACUCCUCUGAUUUGCUGCUGUCGGACACGGAUGGUAACUUUUUACAUGUAACUUGUUUUUUCCUCUUGUGUCCAGUCGUGUCUGACAGUCGUGGUUAAAUCCAGAACAACAGAUUUAGUGCAAUCCAACAGUAUCUCUAAAAUAGUAAAGGCUUCGCAGUCGCUUCGCCUUCAACAGAUUUCAAAUAUAAGAGGGGCUUUUUCGAGCUAAUUUAUCGUUUUAACAGACCGGACACGUUCAAGUGUUGGAUGCUUCAGUCAGAAAAUCAAACUACCUCAUUUACUGGUAUGAGUUUGAACAUCCAGAGCUGUUUCUGACAUUGUGUGGAUCCUUUGACCCUCGUCCCGAAACAGCUUCGUUGCAGUUUUACAGCCGCCCACCUUCUCUUUCAGAAAACCACAAAAAGGAAAAAAAAAAAAAAAAAAAGUGUUGCACUUUGAUUUAUGCCUUAUUCGGUGAAACUGUGCACUACUUUAGUAUUUUUAGGUGACACAUUUCACAAACUUUAGAUCUACUAAUUAAGGAACAAGUAAAAUCUCAAUUAUGAACCGUUUUGGUUUGGGUAAGACUUGUGCUGCUUCAGUUUCUCUUGUCAAAUCAGUUCCUUAUGUUCACUCUUCGACCCGAGCUCAUGUAAAUAUUUAAGAUAUGAGGCCGUUAGGAUGUAAUUAGGAUGUAAUUACAGCAAUCGUGUCUCAUUGUUUAGUUUUUUUUACGGCAAACGAACCUCGGUUGCUUGAGUCCGCGUGUACUUCCGCUUGCGGCCACUAGGUGGCAGAGCUGCAGAAUGCAGACCCAUUUUUUCGUACCAGUGAUCAAAAUGAACAAACGUUUUAUUCAAACCGACCUGCAAAUGAGAUUGAUAUUUGUCCGCCGCCUCAGCGUCCGUGGGACCAGAGAAGAGUCUACGUACAUAAUUUCUGGCGUCAGGCUCUGAAGUUUCCGUCCCGUAAACGUCUGGGGCUCCAACAUUCGGUUAACGUUAUAAGUUAUGUUGAUUAUCAAAAUUCGUUGUCACAGACUUCUUAGUUUGUGCAUAAGUCUCUAUAGCUCGUAGGAAAGCAUAAACUGGUCGUAAUGCCGUACAGGAAGUGCAGGGGGCGGUACACAAGCGUGGGAAUGGCGCUGAAGGAACUGAGAAAAGUUUCCGCCGACGGUUUCAGUCUCACGUCCGUAUCUUCCACCAUCUUUACGCUCAUGAACCGCUGCUUGUGUAAAAGCCGCUGUCAGCAUUACUGGGCAGUUUUCCAGCGAGACACAUGGACGACACGUCGGAAAUAAUCGAUGAUUAACUAAAACUAAUCACAAAUAAUAGAUCAUUGUUAGUCGAUGUCCUUAUUCACUGAUGUGACAGAUAGAAAGUGCAGAAUCUACCGUGACAGUAACCGGCUUGUAGCACCCUAUAAUGUAAUAAUUUCACCCUAUAAUGUAAUAAUUUCACCCUAUAAUGUAAU